AUCCCCAAAGACCAUUGGCAGAAUAUUAUCUGUAGACGAAGAAGAAGAACUUAACCUCUUAACAUAACUGGUUACACUUUUGAAUGUUUACAUGUUUUGAAUUUUUUUUAAGUUUCGUCAAAACAUGGAAGAAAAUUCGCAAAGUAACAUAAAUUUUGUACCCUGUGUUCGUUGGGUGAAACGAGGAGUAGCAAAUGCAAAUCCAGCAAAGGUUCAGCUAUCAAAAAAUGAGUUGAUACAGAUAAUAAAUGAUACAAAAAACAAACUGAAUGUGGCUGAUAAUGAAGACGAAGUCAUGGAAGGAGAACCGUCAGGAACAGACGAGUUCAAUUUUGAAAAUUAUGAUGAAAAUGACGAGGCUAGCACUGCAAAUGCACUUGGGAUCGCAUCCUUAGCCGAUUUACCUACCGGAGCAGAAGAUAAUUUCUCCGAGUCAGAUGAUUCCGAGAAAGAAGAUGAUCUAAUCAAGCCUACAGAUAAUCUAAUUCUAGUGGGACAUGUUGAAGGAGAUUCCAGUAUUCUGGAAGUGUACGUAUACAAUGAAGAUGAAUGUUCUCUAUAUGUCCAUCACGAUAUCGUCUUGCCGUCCUUUCCCUUAUGCCUUGAGUGGCUGAACUAUGAGCCAAACAUGCCGGCAGGCAAUUAUUGUGCAGUAGGUACGAUGUCUCCAAUCAUAGAAGUGUGGGACUUGGAUAUGAUGAACGUAAUUGAACCAUCGUUUACUCUUGGAAAAGCAGGCAGCAAGAAGAAAAACCGCAAGAGGAUAGGUCACACUGAUGCUGUCCUUUCUUUGGCCUGGAAUCAUACCUACGAUCAUGUCAUGGCAAGUGGAUCAGUAGACAAAAGCAUAAUCCUGUGGGACAUGGAACAGAAAGUGCCCAGCACCACUAUUAACGUUUUUGGGGACAAGGUGCAGUGCCUCGAAUGGCACAGGAUGGAAGCCCAAACUCUUUUGGCAGGUGGUUGCGAUAGCACUGCAAGAGUCUUUGACUGCCGAACUCCAGAACCUCAUCAAAUUUGGCAAUUAGAUGGAGAAGCAGAAAGGCUUAUGUGGAAUCCUUUGGAGCCUUACGUGUUUCUAGCUGGUACCAGCAACGGUUCUAUCCAAAGCUUCGAUUGUAGAAAAGGUCAACUUUGGUCAGUAAACGCUCAUUCUAAGGAAGUAACGGGUCUGGCGAUCAGUCGUCAGUGUCCGGGUCUUUUGGUGACGGCUUCUCCCGAUGAAAUGGUCAAGACUUGGGAUUUUGCAUCAGGAAGCGUGCCGAAGCUUGUACACGAAAGGGAGUUCAAACUGGGUAACAUCCACUGUUUGGAACUUUGCCCCGAUUCCCCAUUCGUUAUAACUCUAGGAGGGGAUAAUAAGUCGAACAAUUUCGCCGUUUUCGAUCUCCAGAACGUUGAUGUUGUGAGGCAGACAUUUGAAUCUAGAGAGUUGGUCCAGCUAGUAUCUGACGGAAAUGAGGAAAGCUCUAAUUCCAAUAUUUUGGAAGGUGUUAGUAGUAGUUGAUGAGAAAUAAAUAUUUAUAUGAG